CAACAACGACGUGCAUGAAUAAGGGUGACGAGCUAUCGCUAUUUUGCAAUUGUAACGAAGUUCACUUGAAACAAUCACAGCCAUCUAGAACUAUGCACUGCGGUUCUGGAAACAAGUUUGUCGCGUAGAGUGUAGCUGGUUGUUCUGAGUCCUGUCCGCAACAUGGAGGAAGUGACAGGAGCCCAAAUAAUCGCCGAGGCGCUGAAAACUCAGAAUGUGGAGUACAUGUUUGGCGUGGUGGGCGUGCCGGUGAUUGAGGUUGCCAUGGCAGCGCAGGCGUCCGGGAUCAAGUACAUCGGCAUGCGCAACGAGCAGUCGGCUUGCUACGCAGCUUCUGCUAUUGGAUACCUCACUGGCCGGCCUGCUGUGUGUCUGGUGGUCUCAGGUCCGGGUCUCAUUCAUGCUCUUGGAGGGAUGGCCAACGCCAACAGCAACUGCUGGCCGGUUGUGGUCAUCGGCGGCUCCUCGGAUCGUGAUCAGGAGACUACUGGAGCCUUUCAGGAGUUUCCACAGGUGGAAGCUUGUCGUCUGUACAGUAAGUUCACUGCAAGACCGAGCAGCCUCUCAGCCAUACCAGCUGUCAUAGAGAAGGCGGUGCGGUGCAGCAUAUUUGGGCGUCCGGGAGCCUCCUAUGUGGACAUCCCAGGAGACAUGGUGAACGCCAAGCUGGACCCGGCACAAGUCAGGUGUGUGUCGUGCUGCCCGUCUCCUCCUGUGAGUUUGGCUCCCCCUGGUGACAUAACGUCGGCGGUGACGCUGAUAAAGAACGCACACAGACCCCUACUGAUCAUCGGGAAAGGGGCUGCGUAUGCGCGUGCGGAGUGUGUGCUCGGUGAGCUGGUGGAGAGAUGUGGCCUCCCGUUCCUGCCCACGCCCAUGGGGAAAGGAGUCGUACCCGACACACACACACACUGUGUAGCGGCCGCACGAUCCAGGGCUCUUCAGGGUGCUGAUGUCAUCGUGUUGUUUGGCGCGCGUCUUAACUGGAUGUUGCACUUUGGCUCCGCCCCUCGAUUCAACACACACGUGAAAAUCAUACAGGUUGACUUGUGUCCAGAGGAGAUGGGGAAUAACGUGAGACCGGCUGCUGCUCUACUGGGAGACAUACGAGCUGUGACCACACAGAUUCUAGAAGAGUUCCGGAAGGCUCCGUGGUCGUUCCCGCAGGAUUCCGAGUGGUGGGUGGAGCUACGGCAGAAAAUGGCCGUCAACGCGGAGGUGUCCAAGGCGCUGGCGUUAGCCCCCUCCCCGAUGCUAAAUUACUAUUCCGCGUUCCACCACAUCUGUGAGCUGCUUCCGCCAGAUUGCGUCAUCGUCAGUGAGGGAGCAAAUACCAUGGACAUCGGACGCACCAUGAUACAGCAGCAGCUACCCCGACACCGGCUGGACGCCGGCACGUUCGGUACGAUGGGUGUGGGGCUGGGCUUCGCUGUGGCGGCCGCCAUGUUGGAACGGGACAAGUGUCCCCAUGGCAACGACCCCAGCAGGGUGGUGUGUGUGGAGGGCGACAGCGCCUUCGGAUUCUCAGGCAUGGAACUGGAGACCAUGUGCAGGUUGAAGUUGCCGGUGUUGAUCAUCAUCAUCAAUAACAACGGAAUCUACAGCGGAGUCGACUCACAGACCUGGAAACUACUGGAGGAGAUGGGAGACCUCACUACCGUUGCGCCGCCAGUGACGUUACUUCCUGAUUGCCGCUACGAUCUGAUGAUGUCAGCGUUUGGUGGGCGGGGCUACCUGGUGCGCACGGCUGAAGAACUGAGACUCUCACUGCAGGAGAGCUUACGUGAUUGGCAGCAGCCUGCACUCAUCAAUGUCCUCAUUGACCCCGCCUCCGACAGGAAACAACAGGAUUUCCCGUGGCUGACACGCUCUAAUCUGUAGAAGAAGCUGCCUUCAGAAUUCAUCACCAGGCGCCUAGACACACACACACACACACACACACACACACACACACACACACACACACACACACACACACACACACACACACACACACACACACAAACCAUCAUCAUAACUUGAGGCCUACACACACACACACACACACAUCACUUCAGUUCAACUCUGCUCCAUGUCCGCUGUUGCUCCUCCACUGUUAACACAGUGUAAGGCAUUUAUUGAACUAAUAAAAAUAAUUGGUUAAUCGCGCUAAAGAGGCUGGUGAGCGUGAAACAUGAUGAAGCCACGUGUCCAGGGGCGUAGGCAGAAAUAAUAAAACAGGUGGGCCCAGAAAAAAUUGGACGGGCCCAACCCGAAAGCGUGUAGGUAGAUAUUAUAAUAUCGUGCUCAAAAAUGAUACUUUGAAAUUGAAAUCAUAUAAAUCACAUGCCAUUAAUUAUAGUUCAAUGAGGCAACAGUUGACUGUCAAGUGUGAAUGGGGUGGGCUUGGAUGUCAAGUGGGCGGGCCCAGGCCCACCCAGGCCCACCCCU